AAGGCGGGGAUGCAGAGGGGGCAGAAGCUGGAGGAGAGGCAGCGGGGCGCGCAAAGUGGGGCUUUAAUUAAUUGAGGGGGGACAGGAGAGUGGGAGUGUGUGUGAGAGACAGGCAGACAGAGAAGGGGGGGGGAGAAGAGCAGGUGAGGGGGCCGCCUCUGCUGCUGUUUCUGGCGCCUGUGUGCGUGUGUGGGGCGAAGGGAGGGGGCGGCUGCAUUCUCAUCUGCAAAGGGGCGGCUGCUUUCGCCGCCGCCCCACACCCAAUCCCAUCGCCCCGUAACUCUCCUUCCUUCCAGUCUCUCCCCCCCCCCCAACCUCCGCCCCGCGCCUUCCAAGUUGUUUAUUCGCUUGGCUCUGUGGUGUCGGAGCCAUGGAAGUUGGCGGCUAGAGGAGUCCCAGCGCCCCCACUGGAUAAGUUCACGGGGCCCAAGGGGUUGGAAACCAAGAAGAAGUCGAAAACUCGGAGUUGGAGUUUUUGAAGCAAAGGGCUGGUGGGCGUGCCAGGCAAAAUGCUCAACAGGUCCCAACACAUUUUUCCGUUCUUUUCGAAAGCUACGUUUUGAAAAGGAGAAUUUCAACUCAGAAAGAAGUAUUAAAAUAAUGGAGCCCAAAGAGUCACUGAAGUCCUCUGGAGGGGAGGAAGCAGGGAAAAGUGCUCAUUUCCGUGACAAAGGAGGAAUUGUGAUGGACUUCCAUCCAUCCUUUAGGGGAGGAGCUACUGCCAAGACUCCUGCAGCUACGUCUCCCUUGCCUACCCCUUCUCAGUCUGAUUCCAAGCAACCGCCUGCUGUGUCUGACUUGUCAAAGGGAUUGGGAAGCAAUGUGCCGCAGCCCGAUCUCUCUAAAGCAGUGUCGCUCUCCAUGGGACUGUAUAUGGGGGAGACAGAGGCAAAAGUGAUGGGAAACGAACUUGGAUUUCCUCAGCAGGGCCAAAUCAGUCUCUCUUCAGCAGAAACAGAUUUUAGGCUCCUGGAAGAAAGCAUUGCAAGUUUGAAUAAAUCCUCUAGUCUGGCAGAAGGCUCAAAGGGUACUGCAUCUGUGGAUGUCCCUCUAGAACGAGAGUUCCCAAGCAUGGCUAGUCAUGAUCUCACUUUAGAGCAAGGGGCUUUAGCGCAAAGCCAGGUUGGUACUAAUGGUGGCAACUUGAAGCUGUUUCCUGAAGACCAAAGCACCUUUGAUAUUUUGCAGGAUUUUGAUUUGCCACCAGUGUCUCCAGGAAAAGAAACAAAUGGAAGCCCUUGGAGAAUGGAUCCCAUGCUGGAUGACAGCAGCUUGCUUUCACCUCUUGGUGAUGAGAGUUUUCUCCUGGAGGGAACUGAAAUGGAGGACUGCAAGCCUCCAAUUUUACCAGAUACUAAGCCUAAAAUUAAUGAGUGUGGGGAUCUGUUGCACAGCUCCACAGUGAAGUUGCCACAAGUGAAGACUGAAAAAGAAGAUUUUAUUGAACUGUGCACCCCUGGGGUAAUAAAACAAGAGAAAAUAGGCACAGUUUAUUGUCAGGCUAACUUCUCUGGGUCAAAUAUGCUUGGAAGUAAGACAUCUGCUAUUUCGGUUCAUGGUGUCAGCACGUCUGGAGGACAAAUCUACCACUAUGACUUGAACACAGCAUCUGUCACUCAACAGCAGGAUCAGAAACCAGUUUUCAAUGCCAUUCCAUCUCAUACUGCUGGUUCAGAAAAUUGGAAUAGGUGCCAGGGAUCUGGAGAUGAUGCUCUUACGUCAAUGGGGGCUUUGAAUUAUUCUGGCAGACCUGUCUUCUCUAAUGGGUUUUCAAGCCCUGGAGUGAGAUCUGAUGUAAGCACUUCACCAUCUACCUCUUCAACAACUACGGGACCACCUCCCAAGCUCUGCCUUGUUUGCUCAGAUGAGGCUUCUGGGUGUCAUUAUGGUGUCCUAACUUGUGGCAGCUGCAAAGUGUUCUUCAAAAGAGCUGUGGAAGGGCAGCACAAUUAUCUCUGUGCUGGAAGAAAUGACUGCAUUAUUGACAAAAUUCGGAGAAAAAACUGCCCAGCUUGCCGCUAUAGGAAAUGUCUUCAAGCUGGCAUGAACCUGGAAGCACGAAAGACAAAGAAAAAGAUAAAAGGAAUCCAGCAAUCUAGUGUGGCUGCAGGAAGAGAGACUGCAGAAAGUCCUACAAAUAAGGCUGUUGUUCCUGCCUCCCUGCCACAGCUAACUCCUACUCUGGUUUCCCUACUGGAAGUCAUUGAACCAGAAGUGAUGUUUUCAGGCUAUGACAGCACAGUACCGGACACAACUUGGCGUAUUAUGUCAACUCUCAAUAUGCUAGGAGGAAGGCAAGUGGUUGCUGCUGUGAAAUGGGCAAAGGCAAUACCAGGUUUCAGAAACUUGCAUCUGGAUGACCAAAUGACUCUUCUGCAGUAUUCGUGGAUGUUUCUGAUGGCUUUUGCCCUAGGAUGGAGGUCAUAUAAACAAGCUAAUGGAAGUUUAUUGUGUUUUGCACCAGAUUUGAUCAUUAAUGAGCAGAGAAUGAAUUUACCCUGUAUGUAUGAACAAUGUAAGCGUUUGCUGAUGGUUACUAAUGAGUUAGCACGUCUUCAAGUUUCAUAUGAGGAAUAUCUCUGCAUGAAAACCUUGCUGCUUCUCUCUACAAUUCCUAAGGAGGGCUUAAGGAGUCAGGCUCUGUUUGAUGAAAUCCGUAUGACCUACAUCAAAGAACUGGGGAAAGCUAUAGUGAAGAGAGAGGGAAACUCAAGCCAGAACUGGCAGCGAUUUUAUCAACUGACGAAACUUUUGGACUCCAUGCAUGAUGUGGUUGAGAAUCUUCUAAGCUUUUGCUUCCAAACGUUUUUGGAUAAAUCCAUGAGUAUUGAAUUUCCAGAAAUGUUGGCAGAAAUCAUCAGCAAUCAGUUACCAAAAUAUUCAAAUGGGAAUAUCAAGAAACUCCUAUUUCAUCAGAAGUGACUGCCUUAAUACAGAAAUAAUGCCUUAAGGAAAAAAAAGUCAAUUAUAGCUUCUUUUUUUACAAACUAAAAGACUUGUUAAUUUUGUCCUUGCAACUAUAUUGGGUGUUCUUGUUUUUGUUUUGUAAUUAUGCACUACAUGUGGUUUACAGAGGGCCAAGACCUAGGUUUCAGAAGCAGAUGCCUCAAACUGAAUGAUUACAGGAAGAAGGAAAAGAAGGAAAUAUGAUUUGGGAUUUUCCCUCCAGAUACACCAUCAUAUUGACAGGAUAGGAUAUACCAAAACAGCAGUGUCAAGUUCAGAAUCUACAUUGUCAACAUUCUGCUAGGAAUUUCUGCAGUUGGCUGGAUAAAAUUUUCUAGGUUUUUUGUUUCGGUAUAGAUUUUUUGUAUAGUUAAGGUAGCAUUUUGGUUUAUGCAUGUAACAUGAAGAAAGUUUACAACUGUAUAUCGGAAAAGGGAAGUUGUGCCUUUUAUAGCUAUUACUGUCUGGUUUUAGCAAUUUCCUUUAACUUUAUAUACAGUGAACUAAGCUUGCUCAUUUUUUUUCUUACAUAAUUUUUGUAAAACGUCAAGAUGCCUAUUGUACAGCUGUUUUUUUUAAAGUGGGGCAGCUCAUAGCUUAAUGACCUCUAGAUAUUAAUCUUUUACGUAUACUCAUGUGAAUAUAGGUUGACUUUUCUAACCUGAUCAAGACUGUCAUAGUCACAUUUUAGAUGUCACCUUUUAAAUUUGGCCUAUAAAGUCAGCUUUCUUCAGUGGCGGGGGUGGGGUGGGAGGGAUUGAAAUGUAAUCCAAAUCUAACCUGAAUACUGGACAUGCAUACUUUUGAUAUUGGUCAAAGAUUCUGUGAGCUACUUGCAAACUAGCUCUGUCUUAAACAGGUUUGUCAACACAAACUUUUUUUAAAAAAAAAACAAAGCAUACUAGAUAUUUACAUUUAAUGUGAUAGCCAUAAUUGUAAGAUUCUUGGGCUGGAUUGACAGUAAAAUCAUCAGUCUUGACUGCCCAUCAGGAAACCUUCAGGAAAAUAUGCAUAACUGUUUAAAAGUUUACUUCUACAGGGAAAAAUUAACUUUUCCCAUACUCAGUCUAUUGCCAUAUGAGUGUGUACUUCUGUGUGCAUCAGUGUAUAUUAUAUAUACAGUGGCCACAAUCCAGAGCAGCUGUCAUAACGCAGAACAAAACUGAUGUGCACCAAACUUGGCAUGUCUGCUGUUCUCCUUGGACAUAACUGAGAAAGUAGCAAAACCUGUGCUUUUUAAAAUUAUUUGGAGGACAGUAUUGAUGAUCAGUUCAUCUUUUUUUUCCACAUCAAGUGCAAAGCUGUGCAAUUGCCUCUCUGGGUUUCUCAGAAUUGUUGGAUUACAGCCAGUGUUGCCAUUCCAGAGAAUCUGCUCCCUCCAACCUAAGAUGUGAUUGGCACUGCCACUUCUUAUAACCUAUUGGGAAGGGGUUGGAGGAUGGCAAGGCUGCCUUAUGAGAUGAUAGUACUGUGGCUUAUGCCUCACCAGUGCAGUAGUGCCCCGAGUCCUGAACAUACACACCCGAGCCUACCUUUGCAACAGCUUUUUGUACCCCAGUAAAGCAGAACAAUAAGUAGAAAGAAGACAGUUUCUGCUAGUGGAUCACUCCCUGGAUUGGGCAAAAUCUUGACUCUAUUUUAAGUUGAUGGUUAAUUUCUGUUGACUUCAAUAGUCAGGAACUCUAUAUGUGUAUAUACAUACACGUAUACGUACUUUAUAUAAAUACAUAUACAUAAAUAUCAUUGAAUUACAAAAAAUAAAUAAGUAUGCCCAGUAUAUAUUAUGUUUAGUAUUAUAAUGAUUCUUAAAAGAUUUUACUUCAAGUAAGAUUUUUACCUUUAUGCAGAAAAUAAAAUAGACCAAACUACAGGAAGAAACAAAUCUCUUCUGGAAAAUAAAAACCCUAAACUUGUGUUGUUACACACCCAUUUUCACAUCAUUCGUCACCCAAACAAUCCUAUCUUGUUUCCUGGAGAACACGAAAAUUCCGCUACUGAUUUAGUGGUGUAGACUAGAGCUUUGUCUCUGUACGUCGCCCAACCCUUCUGCAUCAAACUACUAGUGUGCCAUAAAAACAACCACCAUAUAAGUCUUGUGAAUUUACAACCAUGUAAGUCUUGUGAAUUUUUCCUUGUCAUCAUUGAUUUAUAUUUUAAAACAAUUUGCAAGCUGUAGUAGCCUAUCCUCUGAGCACCUUAGGAAUUCUCAGAAAAUUGUAAAUGCUAUGCCACUCGAAAGAAAGAAAGAAAAAAUAUUUUUGUUCAAAGUGGCCUGAAUAUUUCUGUAAAAAGAAAUUAAUGGGGGUUUACUUACUUAACAGGAGUUAACAAUCAAAAUGUAAUAUGAUGCUACUAAUAUUUUUUUAGUUAUAUUUUCAAAUAGAUAUCAUUUGGUAGAGUUUGAAAAGGAAGGAAGGGCUACUACAGCUUUAAAAGGAAUUUAUCAAAUUAUUGUAAAAUAGCUUGUAUAGUGUAUCAUAAGAAUGGUUUUUAGAUGACAGAUUGCUUUAUCAUGACAUGUGAUAUAUUUUUUCUAGGGGUCACAAAUGUGUUAAAUGGUAACCCAUACAAAUUGUGGUUUGUCUGGAAGUAUUAAUCCUGGCAGCAUUGUUCAGAAGUAUCUAAAGAGGUACUCUAGUUUUACUUGGUGUGUUUCUAUCGUUUGUUUGUUUUUAUCCUUUUCCUUUUGCUUUCCUUUUUGUUUUAAAGGCACUUACCCAUAUUCGGUGGGAGUUCCUCGGGCUGAAACCUAAAUCCAUUAGUCCACUGUAAGAAAAACAUGGGAGCUGGAGGUUGAAUUUAAGUGCCCAGCCCAUGCGCUUGGUCCCAUCACAUUCCAGGACUAAACCUGCAGCAGAUGUGCAGGUUUAUUUGACCUUUCCCCCUAUCCCACCCCCACUCCCCAAAAAAUAAAGUAGUGUGUUCGUAUGUCCACACUUCUCUAUGUAUGGGGUUACUUUCACAUAUAGCCUCACAGAGCACCACAAAACAGUGAGACAAAUUUGGCAGUUAAAAUGCAUACAGGUACCAGCAAUAUGUAAAUAAUAGAACAUAGGUUGUUCACAGUCUACUAAAUACAUUUCUAAUUAUUCAACAAAAAUGUUCUUGGUAAAAUAGGAGUUUUACCUGAACUAUCUGUUUUUAAAUCUUUUUUUAUUAAAAAAAACCAACAACAAACUUUAGGUUUAUAAAUGGAAAUCCCCAGCUACUUUCAAGUAAAAUACUACCUUUUAAUAACAGUAAUCAUUCUUUUUGAUCUCUGUGCAGUCCUACAAUUGGGUGCUGCGCCUAUGCAUAGCAUCUUGAGAACCUUACAGAGCUUUUGUCAAGUAACUCAUCCUCUCGUGCUGUGAGCCUCUUUGCAAUUAUCUGGGGUGGGGGGUGGGGAUAGGGCAAGCGCCACCUCCUUGAGAAUGUGCUGCCUGCGUCUCUCUAAGUUUUUCCACAGGAGCACCAGCUCCCUGGCUAGGGCUCUAGAAGGUUCUAAACAUGUUCUGCAUAGAAUACAGUUGUGUUAUGCACAGAUGACCACUCAAAGGAUACCAGAAACAGGUAAGAAACCUGUCUCUCUUCUUGAAUAAGCUCUUUAAAGUAUGUAUGUUUUAACAGUUAAUCUAAGCUUCAGAGAGUAUUUUAACAUUAGUUUGCAAACCAUUGGGAUGAAAAUGUAUUCUGCCUGAUUUUAGUUAAUGCUAAGAGACUCAAGUAUUUGGUUUCAAAAAGGUUCCUGAAAAGAUAAAUCAUGACACCUUGUCUUUAUUUCAAAGGAAAAUUUGGAAAGUUGAACUUGGGAAGUGAUGUGUAGUAUACAUUUUAGUCCAAGUUUAAGGAAGCUAGCACUGCAUCCAUGGACAAAUGUAUGUGUGGUGGUUUACCUAUACAAGUGAGGUAUACCAAAAUCAAUAUUAUGACUAUGUGCAAACAAGUACUUCAGCGGUGAAAAAAGAGGCUCUAAUUCUUUUGAUUUCAUGUAUUUUUGCUCAGUUUUUGGACUUUGAUUUCACUUUUUAAAAAUGCUGAUUCUGGAAAAAGAACUUUCAAUUUAAAUGUGCUGUUAAGAAUAUAAGUACAAGCCAUUUAAAGUACAUAAGCAUCAGCAAAAGGUGUGUUGUUUCUUGUCUGGCUAGUCUUUUUUCAUGCUGGGGAAAAUCAGCACUUCAAAUAAAGCAGGGAAUAUUCUGACUUCUGUCUCUUCAGUGCCUUGCCACAACAUGCUAACAGAAAUAACAUGGGUAGCCCCAGAUAUGCAUGCUGUAUGUUAGAAUUGCACUUGGAAACUAAUAGGAAUGGCCUUUCAUAGGAUAUGUUAGGGCAUGCAAACGGAGAGAGGAAAUUUUAUCACUUAUACACCACUAAAGUAACUGAGAGCCUUAGCCUUAAGCCUGAGCACACUUACUUUGAAGUAAGUCCUAUAAAAUCUUUGGGACUGACUUCCAGGCAAAUGUGCUUAGGAUUGGUUUGCCAAUCUUGCCAGCCGUACCGUAUUAAACCAAAAAUACAGCAUUGAGUUUCCUUGAAAACAGCAGAGACUGAGAAAGUGCGCACAACUAGGGGAACAAGUGCCAGCCUACCUUUAGAAACACAGCCACUUAACUUUACAAAAUAACAGUGUAUGAGGAACGGAGGUGGGAAGAAAGCAGACGGUGGAGAACUGAAAACCGAGGCUAGUUCCAUUUACCAUAUUCAUAUACGCACAUCAUAUGGGGCGAUUACAAAUGUGCAGGCUCACAAGAUAGGAUAGCACAUUUUCAUUUUGUUCAGCAUGCAGAAACUCAGUGGGGCCUUAAUUCUUCAACAUAGUGUGUAUUCCGAUGCUGAUUAUGCAAAGAACUUAACCCUUCUACACUUGCAAAAAAUGAGCAAAAUCAAAUGCUGUCAGGCAGAACCCGUUUUAAUUAAACCUCUUUAAAAAAAAAGUACUAUUAACGAAACCAUAUUAAAUAUACAGGGGUAUAAGUACAGGUGGAUGGUAGCUGGUGAGGUGGGGAGGUCUGUAAUUUCUACAGCUCUUAACAUCUCUCUUGAGUUGCAUUCCUCCCCCCCAACAGAAAAGUUGGGCCCAGAGCUACAGUUGUGUCUGCAGAAGGUGUCCUCUGUUGACAAGUAGUGUUAUAUACUUUUGUGCCAAAGUAAAGUGAAAAUAAAUCCAAAGAUGUUCUUCCGCUUCGUCAAGCAGAAGCCUGAGAACUUUUAUAGAACCUACCUGACAUACUGUUACACAAAUGCUUUCCCUGGUGCUGUGUAAGCUUUGGGACAUAAGAGUUAAAAUCCUAAAAAGCACUUGAGUAGUUCAUGCCUCCUUAGCUUUACUGUUGCAUCAGCACUAAGUUGCUGUUGUGGUGUUUACAUAAAGCUUUUAUCAUGAUGGAGCUGUUUAUGCCCUCCGUGACAUGUCAGCGAAUCCUUUUGGAACGCACAUAGAAACAUGGGGUGGUAUUUAGACAUCACAGAACAACAGGCUCCCCUUAUUUUCAGCAAAUGCAUGGCAAAUGAAAUAGAUGUCGGGGGGGGGGACUUUUGCAUGUUUUGACUAGCCCACGGGGCCAAUUCUGGCCCCUCAAGUGUAGGAGGGUUGAGACAUCCAAGGGAAUGGGUGGCAAGGCCCAUUUUGAACCCACUGCAAGAUAAAGUAUGUGCUUAAGUACUUUGUGGAAAGGGACCAGAGUCUCCAGCCUCUUUCAGAAUUGAGCCUCAUCCACCACUGCCUGGUCAAUAUUAAAACUAAUUGGGCACAAUUGCCCUGAAUGUACACACAUUUUUAUGCUACUGCUGUCAAUGUAGGAACCAUAAUUUCAAGCAAGAAAUAUUAUUGGAAAACAUUGAAGGGCCCUUUUUGAGGCUUUUGUUUGCUGGUAAAAAGGCUGCGUGUGUGAAAAUAGCCUCCUUUCUCCCCAACCCCCCCAAAACCAUACAAGCCCAGGCUUAAUAGCACGGAUUCAAUAGUGUGUCAACGUUCUAUUUUGUAUAUUAUACAAAAGAUAUAUAAUGGGGACAAAUCCUAUAUUAUGCUGGUGUAUGGCAUUAUUAAAAAGCUUUUUUGUUAUUUUUAUCACAGUAAUUUUAAACAGUGUAAAAAAAAUUAAAACAAGUGACUCCUGUUUAAAAAUAAAAAGUUGUAGUUUUUUAUUCAUGCCGAAUAACUCUGUAGUAACCAUGUCUUUUCACCUACACAGUGAAAUGUUGGAUUGUAAAAUCUUGUGUGGAACUGUUGAGCAUUUAUUUUUCAUUUUAAAUUUUGCUGUUCUAUUAAAUUCGAAGCCACACGUCUGUACAGAAGUUGCAGUAAAUGUAAGCCAUUUACAGCAAUGCUGAAUAAUGGACAAAAUGACAUAAUAAAAACCUGCUUUUUCAUUACAUGUUCAAAUACCCUUUUGAAGUAGGGUUUUUCGUUUUGUUUUGUUUCUUGUACAGUGUGUCGCAGAUAGAGUUCAGCCUUCUAUUAACCUACAAAAAUUAAGGCUGCAAUCCUAUACACAUUUAUCUGGGAGUUUGUGUGUGAUUGCAUUAGAGUACUGUCAGUGAAAAUAAUACAAGCAGAAGCAUGCCAAAACUUUACUGAAAAUUUAUUUUUAUCUUGCGCACGAAACCCCUCCACCAUCUUCUCCCCACCUCCCCGCUCCGAAUUAUCAGGGUGGUGACAGAUUCUUGGAAUUUCCAAAAGGGUUGAGGGAACAAGCACGAACAGAACAGUUUUAUAUCUCCUGAGAGCAGUUAAUACCUUUUAAAUAUGACGGCAGUGACCUGACCCACCCUUCUUUAUCCCAAUGGGGGCAGAUGAAGAAUCCAGGAAUUAAGAUGAACAACCAUUCUGCUUAUUGCCCAAAUUGAACAGAAAUAGAGCGCUUUCUGCUCCUGAAAUAGCCUCCUGAGAAUUCAGUAAUUCACUAAAUGAGGAAGGCAUGCAACAGGAUUUUAAAAGAAAUGUGUGUGAAUGACAGGACCUGAGCUCCAUUGCCAGCUAAGUGAAACAAAACCUCCGGGUCAGGGUUAAAGCAGCGGGGUUCACUGCAGAAUAAGAAAAAGGACUUUCUUGGAUUAAAAAAAAGCAUUAAGUCACAAAUGAUAAUCUCACUGAAGCCACAGUUUUAAAUUAAUGGAUUGGAACCAAGGCAACCAAAGCUGCUGAAAGACCGUGCUAAUGACCUAAGUGAGUUGGCAAAACAACUUAAUUUGUUUUAGAAAGAAACAAGUGGACAAAUGCAGUUGCGCUUCUAAUGAAAUAGUUUGGUGAAAUCUAUAAAACAGUUGCCUUAAACUUUGCUAAUGUUGCAUUUAAAUUGGGUGCAGCACCUGCACUGAAAUGCAGAAAAAGAAAUGAGAAAAAUUCUAUUAACUUGUGAGAUUUUGGGGCUGCAGCCUAAGUCUCGCUUUAUCCUCCACAGAAAUUUCUGCAGUGGCUUUCAUUUACCUGGGAGUCAGACCCAAUGACAUGUAAAGGACAGCCAUGUGCAGCAGAUUCAGACAGAUUUCCCCCCCCCCAAAAAAAGUGGGGGCACUUUGGACAAAUUUCGGGCCUGUCUGAGCUGAAGGGGGAUCUCUCCAAACCACCAGAACGGAAAUUGGGGACCUCUAAAGUGAUUCAGGCCAAUUCAGAUGUUUCGAAAUCUAAACAAAAGGUGUGCUGGCAAAAAUCGCCCUAUUAGGCAAACAUCAUGGUGGUGUGAAGAGGUGACCAUCUAGCUCUUUAUUAGAAUGAUUCUACCAGGUCUGCAAUCCCCAUGCUUCGUGGAAAUAUUCUUGAAGUGACGUAUCAUCUUGUUCUCGUCUAUUCUGUGUUCUUUGCAAGUACAGCUUGUUUAUAAAAUGCUGGACAUUCAAAUCCUUUUGCCCAUGUGCCACAAUUGUUCCUCUCAAAUCAGCAUUAUGAGUCGCUUGUGUCCCAUUUUUCCCAUUCACCAUUACUUCCUAACCACUACAUCCAACCUCCUGAAAUCUUGCUGCUUUCUUUCCUAGAGGCACCUUCAUAAUUUUUGCUAUUUCCAUAAAUUCAAAACAUUCCGGUUAACCUAGCCCAGGCAUAGGCAAACUCAGCCCUUCAGAUGUUUGGGGACUACAAUUCCCAUCAUCCCUGACCACUGGUCCUGUUAGCUAGGGAUGAUGGGAGUUAUAGUCCCAAAACAUCUGGAGGGCCGAGUUUGCCUAUGCCUGGGCUAGGCAUUUGAAGGCUGAAAGACCCUGGUCACCCUGAAACGAUGAGUUAUGAUAGUAGGCGAUUGCUUUUAUGAGUUUCUAACUCUUUUUAGAAGUUUCAAUUGUAAUGUUUUCUUAUCAAUAUGUUGGCCACCAUUGUCUGCUUUGCAGGAAGGGUGGGAUAUAAAUACAUUUAACGGAUAAAAAUAUUUAUCUUGCAAGUCUUUAGUGGAAGAGGAUAUAAGCGGAGGGGCUGUUUUUAUUGUUGGAAUGCUUCCUUUUGAAUUCUAAAUUUCUUUUUGUAAUAUUUUGGAGUCAUGCCCCCCUCCCCAGAAAAAACUAUCAGGUCAGCUAAAGAACUGUUAGUGAUCCUUGAAAUAUUUGUAGAGCAUGCUACAAAUUCAAACAUCAUGCUGCAAUAAGAGGAGUGGUUUCUCAAAACUUAACUAGGCUUUGAGAGGAGGGUGUGUGGAGAUGCAAACUGAAGAGCUGACUCAUUCCAGGAAAAGACGACUUGUUGAUUCUUUAUCUAAAACCAGAUGGAAUGGUUUGAGAGAAGCCUGCUGAUAGAGCAUUUAAGCCAAACACGAAUAGUACAGCUAACAUGCAAGCUAAUAUGUGCCUUCUGCCUAGCAUGGUAUGUCUAAAAAGCCGAAGACUUGCACCCUAGUAGAUGAACCAGACAAUCAUAACUAAACCGCAUUCCUGUUCUAAAAACAAGUAUAAAAUACAAAAAGCUGCCUUCAACCUUACCCUUUUAAAACAAAUUCCAUGUACUUGGCCCUCUUAGCUGCAUUUUGGCACUUUGUCAGGGCUAGUUUUGAAAACAGGUUUUCUGGAAUACGGGUCAUGAGCAUUGUCCAAUCUUUAGAAUAUUUUGACUGGAGCUGCAGUCAUUUAACAAACAAACAAAAAAUAUUUUUGAAAUAAGAAUCAUCCAGGAGACCAGUCAUACAUUUUAAAAAUAUGCUCAUUGGGUAUCAACAUUAGUCAAGCCAUUAAUCCAUCUAUCUCAGUUUUGUCUACACUGACUAGAAGCAGCUCUCAACGCUCUCUUGAGUCCUACCUGGAGAUGCCAGGAAUUGAACUGAGGACCUUCAGAAUACCAUGCAGAUGCCCUAUCACUAAGCUGCAGCCCUAAAUUGAAGCCUCUUGUUUGAGGCAAGGCAGAAUCUUCAUCCAAUCCAUGUGUCAAUGAUCCUAAAAGGCCACACCCUCAGCAACAAUAAGCCAGAGUCCAACAAGCUACUCCAGGCAAGCAUGACCUGUGUGUUCCUUUCCGCUCUCCCUUCCUACACUGCAUUUCCUCGCACAGCUGGGGCUGCUACUGAACUUUGACUUUUAUUUAAGUUCAAAUCCUCUUAC